AUGAUAGUGGCAGGAGUAUUCCGAGCCCCUCGGAGGGAGGGCCCAACAGCAGACGCCAGUCGCCCAGCAGCUUUGUUUGGAUCCGGCUCAGCUGGAUCGCUGGCCCAGCCACAGCCCCGCUCCCUUGCUUACUUGUUCGUUCCUUCCUGCCUCCCAGUUCGCAUGGGGGGCCCUUGCUCCUCGCCCUCGUCAUGCUCUUCCUCCUCUCUCAUUCGACUCUCCAGGCUUGGAAUGCCGUUCGGUAUAGUUGCACAAGUGGAGGAAGUCGGGAGUGACCGAUUCGCAGUAGUGGGCGAGGCUCAGCCCAAUCCAAUUCUAAAGAGCCACCUGUUCCUCGUUCAUUGUCUGAGCCUUCUUUAG